AUUGAAAAUCGUUGGAUCUCGUCAGUGUAGUUUGUUGGGACACGCACCGUUUCACGCCUAGGCUUUUCAGUGCAUGUCGUGUUAAGGCUAAGUACUUCUUUUCGACUUGCAGCUUCGUAAGUAGGCAACACAAUAGAUAAGUACUAGGAAAUGAAAGAAGACGCCCAAUCGUCAUCGAACCAUUAUUUCCACAUCAUCGUUCUUAUUUCAGGGUCGUGGUCGUGAUCGUUACUAUCACCGGCGCAGCAAGAGUGCCCGUCUGAUCUUCUCCGUCUCGUCGUUGAUACUAGGUCCUGGUUGGAUGCUGUAACAUUCGUGCGGAUCUGCCACACCUAGACCUACUAUAUCAAACCCGAUGUAAGAAGAUUAUGAUUAUCAAUACCAUAGCUACUUCCGCCAAGCCGAAAAUGAUGUAAUCGCCAGGGUUCUUCGUCCUGGUCGUUCCGUGUGUGAUAGCAGUAAAAGUUUUUUCGUGAGGUGCUGUUGUUGAUCAGGGUAAAAAUAGUUUGUACUGUAGAAUGCAGCAUGCGCUUAAUGUGUGAUUUUCAUUUUUGUCGUGCAUGCGCAUAAUUAUCGGAAGGGUUAGUCUUUCGGAAGGGGAAGAACGGCCUCUUGCAUGUCAUUUCCCGUCCGACCACGACUCUAAAACCGCAGCGUCAUUACUACGGUUCUUGAAGUCAUCAAUGCAGCGCACGGAAAGGAGGCACGAGAACCUGUUGCCGGUGGACGAAGAUGAUGUAUGCUGAUUGAUUGCCAACUCGUCCUGUGAAGAACGAGUAUGAUGAAGAUGCGACGGCUCGUUGCCACGACCUGUUUCCCACCCAUCGUGCCUUACUUCCUUCUUCCCUGCGCAAAAGGACAGCCGCACGAUGAACAGGUGCAUGUUGAAGCGCUUACUGCGGCUCCUUCUUUGACAAAACCCCUCGAAGGGAGAGUCGACAAUGUAGCCCAUAACACCGUAAACGCCUACGCCAAGCAAACCGAAAGUGAGGAGGUAGAGCAUUCGGAUGGAGCUGCAGAGCAGUCCUCGUCGCCUGCAAAUCAUGCAAUGGUCUCCCCGUAUACGCAAUUCGAUUUCAAGACGCCCAUCACCGCAGUCAGCCCAAACUUGGACAACCAGCUCCGAGAGCUCGAACGCGUUUACUACUGCGAUGGCGCUGCGGAAGGCGGAGACCACGAGCGCAUGUGCUUUACCAGCUGCAACAACAUCAACCAGCAGAUAGCGCCACAGUGGUAUAUAGUAUCUCCAGUAGUACAUCUACAAAACAUUAUAAGUGACUUUCUUAUUGGGAAUCAAUCUCCCUGAUAGUUUAAGAACCCGCGGACGAUUAUUUAAAUUUAUCGCGAAGGCGAACUCGUCGUGGUCAAUGAUAGUACGACCUCUACCUAUUCCUGUCAAAAACAAGAACAGGAAUAGCAAGAUAAAGCUGAAGGUGCCUCCACACACGACACACAAAUAAAGACACCAGAAUUGAAAGCGAAGCAUCUACAUCACAUCUAUAUCAGGUUCCAGUUCGAUGAGUUUUGCCAGCGCCAAGCGGAGACCGAUGCCAUGUGGAACCACCCCUUGCUGUACGAUUGCCGCGAAUUUUACGAGUGCAUUUACGGCUGCGCGAUGUACGGCAAAGGCAGAUGGCGGCUUCAGCGAGCGGCCGCCGACUAUCGCGUACGCCUCAUUGCUGCGGUGCAGAUGGGCAUCACAGAGAUCCUCAAGAAAUGCGACGCAUUGAAAUGUACUGAUAUUUUCCUUGUUUUGGAUAAGAGUCUUAAUCCUAGUUGUAUUUCUACUGAAUGCCGACACGGUAUUUCCGUUUCCAUUUUGUCAGAGCAGGGGAUGUUGACACCAGCAACUAAAUACGUUCGUAUACGUGUAUCUCUACAACUCCGAAAAAAAAACAGGCAAGGCCUAUUGCGCAAAAGACUCCUUCACGACGUGCCACGAGGUUCAAUGGCGGGACUACUUAUCACACAGAAAAAAGCUGGCAGGGCGCAUUUGUAAUGCAAAAAUAAAUACACGAAAAAACCUGUAUUGCAUAGCGGAAACAGCAUGCUAUGGGGCCACCCAUGACGAAUUGUUGUGUGUGUUUAUUUUUGCAUUACAAAUAUGCCCUGCCAGCUUUUUUCUGUGUGAUACUACUGCCUCGGCGAAAAAGCACAGCUCGACGAAGGACAAGGCUGUGACGUGAUGUGCAACGACUCCGUGCCAAGAAGUGGAUUUGCAAUGCAAAAUGGCAGCGUCCUGCUUCUCUCCUUGCUGGCAGCAUACUCCUUUCUCCACCUCCUCUUCCCUGCAGACCACGGCGAAAACAACGGCGCAGCUGGGUUUCGAUGGUAGAAGACCACGCCGAAAUGAUCAAAGGACCACGCUCUAGCGUGACAGUGACUACGAACAAGAAAGUUGUACUUAUAUAUUUACCAUUAUUGAGCAGGAAAUGUAUUGCAAUUGCUAUUGGAAGUUCUACAACCGGAAGUUGAAGAAUCUUGUACCUAAAAUUGAGACUAUGUCAAAAUUAGUUUAUGAUGGUAUCAAUGAAUCAGUAUGUAUUUGGUGCGUUUGUUUGGAAAAGUUGUAUGUGUACGAUAUUUGAUGCUGCAUCUUCGACAUCCAAUAAUUGUACAAAGAAGGAAUCGAUUCGAUUCCAACGUUGUCGGCAUCUGAAUUACGAUCUCCUUCGAGAGAUCUGAUUCAAGCGUAAGAAAAACUUAAGAAGUAGCCCGUAUACAAUUUGUACCAAAGAGUUGUCUUCUACGAUACAUUGACACCAUUUUUAUUUGGUACCUUCGGAUGUGGAUCCGAACGUGCCUGGCCCGUUUGCCGGUCGUCGUCCUUCAUGGGCUUGUGGCACCCUUCUCCUGGUUCAUGUUAUUUGCGUUCGACGUCAUUCGCACCAUUUCAAUUCGGGCUUGAUAUUUUUUUCUUGCUUUUGGUUUAUUU